CGGUCGAAUCGCAAUUGGUGCAUCUUGUAACGACCAGUCUCGCCUCCUCGUUCGCUGGCUUCGCGGAGGAAUGAGAAGGGGAAUGAUCCCAAGCGCCGAUCGGAGAUUCAGAAAGGAGAGUGAGUGAAGACUGAGGAGGACUCGAUUGGAUUUCCUGUUCGUCUUUUCUAUGUGCGACGGCGAUGUCCCACGAGAGACCCUCCACCUCUCCGGCCGCUUCCCUCACAGCCGACGAAAACAACCUAUUUCUUGACAUCAUACAAGAAGCUCCAUUAUCUGGUCAUCGAGAGCCUCGGAGCAUCUUUGGUAGUGCUUUGUAUUGUCUCUUGUUGGCAGGGUAUGCUGUUGUAGCUGCAGCAGCUCCAUGGAUAUUUAUUCUUGUGCCAAAGUUAAUUCCAACGCUGCUUUGUAGUUGCAAUGUUCUAAUUUUGAUCCUUACAGGUAUGUUUCAGCAAUACUGGGUUUACCAGGUUAAAAAAGUGCGCUUGCAGGGCUAUUAUUCUUUCAGUCAAAGAUUGAAGCACAUUGCUCAACUUCCUUUUGCUACCAUCACCUACGGAACUGCAAUGAUGCUACUUGUCUUAGUUUGGCAACCAUAUAUCAAGAUAUUAUCUGUUGAAACAUUGCUGAGGAUAGUCAUGCUUGUUGAAGUCAUCUGCGCUGGAUGCUUUAUGAGUGUAUAUGUUGGCUAUAUCCAUCAAUACAAUUCUUUGGAUGGCCAACCUGAUAUUUUGAAGUCUCUUUACUCGGCAUUACAACCAUCGAGUUCAUUGGAGGACCGGAGAUAUUAUGAUGGUGGUCGUCUUUCAGACCAACAAAUGGCUUUACUCCAGUACCAACGAGAAAAUCUUCAUUAUUUGAACGAAGAGGUUCAAAUAUGUUUGUUGCAGGUUCUCCGAUUACAAGAAUGCUUAAGCAAAUAUCAAAGAUCGGAUGAUGGAAAUACCCCACAGGUUGACCUUGCUCAUUUGUUGGCUUCUCGAGAUCAAGAACUUCGAGCACUGACUGCCGAGAUGAAUCAAGUGCAUUCUGAACUCCGCCUUGCUCGUAAUCUAAUUGCUGAGAGAGACACCGAAGUUCAGAACAUGCAAGUAACAAACAACCAGUAUAUCGAAGAGAACGAGAGACUAAGAGCUAUACUAGGAGAAUGGAGCACUCGAGCGGCUAAGCUCGAGAGAGCACUCGAAGCGGAGCGCUUGUCGAAUAUGGAACUUCAAAAGAGCAUCUCGGAGCUGAGAAGCAAACCGACCGGUCAGCAGACUGAUGCGCAACAAAGCUAAAUUGUCACCAAAAUAGGCACUGCCUACUCCUUGAUUGUGUACUUGUAUAGAAGGUACUUUUGGCGAAAGACAUACGCCAAUUAAAACUGUGGAGUUCCUAAAUGGAGUUCAUUGUUGGAUACCAAGUGAUCGAUCUUUUACGCCGAGAUUUGAGUCAGAGUGCUUGUAGAUAAAAUCGCCGAUGUAAACAUUGUUCUGAGAGUUUCAUUCAUAUUUACAUGAAUAUCAUCGUUAGCCA